ACUCUGUGUUUGUGUGCAUCAUACAACAGUGUGGGGAGGUAGGCCUUCAAAUAUUUUGUAUUUUAAGGUAUACCGGUAUAGAGUUGUACAAUACCGUAUAGAUAACGAUUUAUGUUAAUACAGUGCUUCUUCACUGUCAGUUUUGUCCUAGUUUGGUUUUGUAUAAAGCAAAUCAGAAUAGAGAAAGCCCAUUAAAAUCACUUAGAAUGCCUUUGCCGCCAUCUUGCUUUAUUUUCCAUUCAGCGACGGCCGUCGGCUAGUCAGCCGGGUCCAGACUAAUUUUCAGCCGGCUACUUUUUCCACUUCAUAUUAACUAGGCUACUUUUUGUUUUAAACGUUUUAAUUCGCCAGUCCGUCAAGCCCUCUCCCGCUAGAAUGAUUCAAUAUGCAUCGUCUAGCAAUCUGUUGAUAGGGUAGGGGCCUGUCAGUCACAAAGCCAGCGAUGACAGGGAAACGGUCUGCUGUCUGUCCCGCCUCCCGGUACAAUUUGUGUGCGCUGUGGAUGGUUGCAGUCAAAUUUCUUUACACGGAGGAGGAGAGCAUGAUCCUCGUGAAUUUACACUUCCGGUGUAAUGUAAGUGGGAACGAUAAGUCAAAAUCAAUGACUAAUUAGGCUAAUUAUUGUUUUCUGGCUCAUUUAUUUUCUUUUGUGGUUCACUUUAGCCAGCCAUGUGGAGUCGUGGCGAAUUGUAGGCUAUUUACUGUGCUUUUGAUUGACAACUGAACAGCAAGUGAGGACUAGUUUUUAAAAGUUGUCGAACUGUCUGAAUAAAGUCGAUCCGCUUUAUCACUUUGCCAUUUCAUAAAUCUUGCAACGUGGUUAUACACUGCCUUCAGAAAGUAUUCAUACCCCUUGACUGAUUCCACAUUUUGUGUUACAGCCUGAAUUCAAAAUUGAUUACAUUUGAGGUUUUUGUCACUGGCCUACACACAACACCCCAUAAUGUCAAAGUGGAAUUAUGUUUUUAGAAUGUUUUACUUAAAUCCAUGGUAUCGCAUUGGGACAAGUAAACCAAAGGAUUUCCUAGGUUUCCUUUCCUAGGAUGUCGGGGCUUGCCAGAUAGUGUCGCUAAAGUGAGCGACUCUCAUCGGUCAGUGUAGACUACCGAUGGAGCGCUGUUCAUUUGGCUCCAUAAUUAGCAUAUGCUACUGGUAGGCCUAGUCUUUCUGGCGAUUAUCUGCAGAUAAAACAUUCAAUGAAGAUGGUGAAUCAUCACUGCAGGAACAAUAGGUAGUGCAGCGCCUCAUUCUUGUCCAACUAUGAUUAAUUAGGGCCCUCGCGGAAUCCAGGCAUUCAAACGGAAUUCAACAAUAUUCCAAAAUCUAUUGACCUUAGUCGGGAAUCAACUAAAUGUAUUGAAAAUGUCAUUUAUUUGCUGAAGUUUAUCACAAGACAUCAACAGAAUGCGUCAGUGAUUCGUGUUUCCUGCAACUUUCUGAAGAGGCGACGAGAAUGGCCCUGUCUGUGUGUGCAGUCCUCGUGUCUACCACUGAUGCUAAUGAUAACAGGGCCUACACCAACACGGCUCCUCCUCGCUUGCCGAUCGUGGUACAGUCCAAAAUUCACCAGUGAGUGUGUUUUUGAGGCAUUCCCUGAGAACAGUCAGUCACCCACCCUAGUCCUUCUACACUCAGAUCACCACCCAGAAAAACCUCCCAGACCAGAGGCUAGGAGACAGACAGCAGAACAGCAGUAUGUGUCCAGCAGGUUUGCUGUGUGAGCUGCUGCCUGUCCCGACGUGGUUGCGGAGGAGGAAGUUGCCGUGCCAGUGACCAGUGAGGCCUGCUAUAGGGACCAUGUUCUAGAGGCUCACCUCCCUCUCCACUAGCACCUGGAGGUCCGGCUUUGUCCCUCUACAAUGAACAACGAUGAUGAAUUCUACGACGCCGUAACAGGCUUGGACUCUGAUGAGUCGUAUGAAGGCGCGUCGGAGGCCAGUUUUAAAGACGCGGGGGUGUACGACGACGCCCAGAGGAGCAAUGGCUCCACGUCACCGGAGAACGGAAUCAGGAAGCGCAGGACAACGCUACCUGCCCCAAUGUUCUCCAGGAACAACUUCAGUGUGUGGGGCAUUCUGAAGAAAUGCAUUGGACUGGAGCUGUCCAAGAUCACCAUGCCCAUCGUGUUCAACGAGCCCCUGAGCUUCCUCCAGCGGAUCACAGAGUACAUGGAGCACACAUACCUCAUCAACAAAGCCUGCUCGCUGUCCGACUCCAUAGAGCGCAUGCAGGCGGUAGCUGCUUUUGCCGUGUCGGCCGUGGCGUCGCAGUGGGACAGGACUGGAAAGCCCUUCAACCCUCUGCUAGGAGAGACCUAUGAACUAACGCGAGAGGACCAGGGCUACAGGCUGAUCUCGGAGCAGGUCAGCCACCACCCCCCUGUCAGUGCCUUCCAUGCUGAGAGCCUGGUCGGGGACUUUGUCUUCCAUGGCUCCAUCUACCCCAAACUCAAGUUCUGGGGCAAGAGUGUGGAGGCUGAGCCCAAGGGAACCAUCACACUAGAGCUCCUCAAGCACGGUGAGGUCUAUACGUGGACCAACCCUUUCUGCUGUGUACACAAUGUCAUCCUGGGCAAACUGUGGAUCGAGCAGUACGGCACUGUAGAAAUCCUCAACCACAGUACUGGAGAUAAGUGUGUGCUGAACUUCAAGCCGUGUGGCAUGUUUGGGAAGGAGCUGCACAGAGUGGAGGGCUACAUUCAGGAUAAGAGCAAAAAUAAGCUUUGUGUGAUCUAUGGGAAGUGGACUGAGUGUAUGUGGAGCAUGGACCCACAGACGUACGAGUCCAACAAGAAGGCUGAGAAGAAGGCAGACUCUAAGAAACAGAAGAGUCCGGAGGAGCCUGAGGGGGUAGACAGCGACGAUGCAGACAACAUGCCUGAGGUCCUGGAGACGGUAGCUGUAAUCCCUGGCAGCACCCUGCUGUGGAGGAUAUCGUCACGACCCCAACACUCUGCUAAGAUGUAUAACUUCACUAACUUUGCCAUGUCGCUGAAUGAGCUGGAGCCUGGUAUGCAGGCCACCCUGGCCCCCACAGACUGCCGCCUGCGGCCCGACAUCAGAGCCAUGGAGAACGGAGACAUGGAUCAAGCCAGUCGAGAGAAGGAGAGGCUGGAGGAGAAACAGAGGUCGGCGCGGAAAGACCGUUCCAAGGACGAGGAGGAAUGGUCCACUCGAUGGUUCCAGUCAGGUACAAACCCCUACACGUCCUCUCAGGACUGGCUCUACACAGGGGGCUACUUUGAUAGGAAAUACUCUGACCUUCCUGAUAUCUACUGAUCCAGGUGGGGUUCUAUGAACACCUACUGAACCACCCCUUCAAGCCCCCCCGCCCCGCCAGUCCCUUGGUACACCCCUGUUCUAAGCACCACACGGUCUCCCGUUGGAACUCUGAAGCGGCGAUAGCCUCUCCUUGUACAACACAUGCGUCUGUGUUAGCACAACCCUCCCCUCCCCAGUCUCCUGACGGUGAUGAAAGGGAACAGUCAACGGUGAAAUCAGGGAUGUGAAUGCUCCUUUGACUGAUAACUGGUUUGGAGAUUCUUUGGGACAUGUUGGUGGCAGCACAGGCGGAAGCAGACGAACAGAGACUGGAGGAGACUGUUUAGUUCUUGAACAGGAGUGCAUUGUGGGUACCCCUCCCUCCCUAUCAGACCUGGGUUGAAUACCUAUUUCAAAUAUUCAAAAUACUUGAGCUUGAUUUAAAUUGUUUGGCAUGUGGAGUUUGCACUUUUGGAAUUAUUCCAUUUGUUCCAUUGCACCUGACAAGCUAAACAAAGCACACCUGGAGUAUUCCGCCCAGGUCUGGCUGUCCCCUAUAUACGUCCAGAGGGCAAGCUUCUCAUCACUGUAAUGUAACCUGUAUGUAUAGAGAAGAAGAAUGAUCAUAUGACCAUAUAGGCCAAUCACACACAUCUAGCCACAUUGGCCACUGCUCAGUCUGUGAAUACAGCCCCUGAUUCAGGCAGUCGGCUAGUAAUUCCCCCAUCACAAAAUAUUCCUUUUGUUACUCUUCUGCAUGGCUUUUGGCUAGCUAGCUAACAGUGUUAGCGACCCCUGGCUCUGUGGCGGUGGGCCUACCUUACGUUCGGCCUGGCUGCUGCUGUUUACCUAGUCUGUCCGUUUAGAGUGUUCUCGUAAUGAGUAAGAAAAUAACAAGGAGCGUUAAUAAGAUUAUAAGACGAGUAUAAUGGGUACCAGAGGAGGCUGGUGGGAGGAGCUAUAGGAGGAAGAGCUCAUUGUAAUGGCUGGAAUGGAAUUAAUGGAACGGUAUCAAACGCGUCGAGCAUAUGGAAAUCACGUUUGACUCCAUUCCAGACAUUACAAUGAGCCCGUUGUCCUAUAGCUCCUCCCACUAGCCUCCACUAGAGUGUGUGUGGCUCUGUGUGUGUGGCUCUGUGUGUAUUGAAUGACUGUAGUGAUUUGUACAGAAUCUUAAGCCAUAUGGUUCCUUUUAACUACAGGUAUAACUGGCAAGGGUGGUUUGCUGUGCAGUCAUUGGCUAUGAAUAAAUGAAUUGAUAAUUGUUACCUCAAGAACUAAAUAAUAGUUAUCGCCAGAGCAUGAUAAAGCCUUUUUCAUGUAAGAUAUACAUGUAUGUAAAUACCUACUUUUAUCAAUAUAGCUAGCUAAUCGUCAUAAUACUGUCCAACCAGCUCAAAGUGAAUUUGGAAUUGAAUGGAAUUAUAGCCGAUAUGAAGUAGACGUCAUUGUGUAAUAUUACCAGCUUCCCUUGUAAGCAUAUUGUUGCCUUCCUCGUGUUAGGAACUCUUUGUGGCCAUAAACCACACUCUCUCACAUCACCAAUCUCUUUCACAAUGAUGAGCCACUAUGUCUAAGUUCUUAUUUAUAAGAGACUGUGACAUUUCUUUUUUUUCUCUUUUUUUAAACAAACUCAUGCAAUAUACGAUAGGGGUAUAUAUUUAUUUUGGGGGGGGGUGGAUUCAUGUGCAGUUAAUUGUACUGUGGUAAACAUUUAGCCUUGUAGAUUAGAUCUGCAUGCAUGAAUCAGUGUAAACCAAUGCGUUUCUGCUCUGGAGGACUUUCAAAGUCUGUCUAGUAAAACAUGUCAUGUUGACCAUUGGGAAUGCUCUUCCUGUGAGUUCAAACAAUAUCUUGACGUGAUACGAUAUUGAAAUGUAGGGGGAUUUAGUUUGGAUUUACCAUGUUACUGUGUAUUUGAAACGACAGCCGAAAUCUAUGCAACCAACCAAUAGCGCUUAGUGUCUCUGUAUACCUUUACAUGUAUAAUAGUACACAUAAAUACUUUAGUUUUGUCACCGGCAGGCAAACCGAAAUUUAGAUGACUGUAUUGGCAGCUUACUUGACUGUAGAUGAGCCCAUCUCAUAAGUGAUUGUGUCCAUUUGGUCUGUGGAUCACCAUGGUAGAAGUCUCUAAGGAGUGUAAAGAUGAAUUGACAGUUUAGAGCAAUUUGAUCUUGACUAUUUGUGCCUCUCUUGCCCCAGUUUGCUACUUAUUUUGUUAUUUUUUUUCAUUUAGCCUGACACGUCACAAAAUGUACGUCUAUUGCUUUAACAAAUGUAUUUUUCUUUGUGGAAUUGCUGGUGGUUUGAGAAAUGGGCAACGGAAUGUGGCAAAAAGAUAUGGCGAACCAAGAAGCCUUGCGUUGUGUCUUAGGUUGAUUGAUACAUUUUUUCCGUGGUUAUACUUAGUGCCUAAAUUUAAGUAAGCCAAUUUUCCAAACCUUUUUAUUUUAUUUUUUUUUACCUGCAUUUCAUUUAAUAUUUAAGGUGUUUUUAGUUUUAUCAGAUCAGAGUUUUUUUUGACGCAUUUGUUUUUCUAACCCAUCUCUCUAUACAGUACUUUAUUAUUGUCAAUAACACUUUGAAAUGUUUAGGUCAGAAGUGUCCGUUUUCACCGUGUGUACAGGAAAUGUAUGUAAAACUGAUCACUACUUCUGGUUGUGUCCACACACUUCAUCACAUUUCAUCAAAUUCUAAUUUGUUAGCUAGCAACUUUAAGACUAAUGCACCAACAUUAAAAAAAGUAGAUUUUAA